AUGAAGCGUCGAUGCCUGGUCCUUUGCGCAGCAGCUGCUUUGCUGGCCGCUUCAGUCUCGCCCGCCGUAGCAGGCUCUUCCGAUGCAGCUCAAAAGGUGCUGCUGUACACAUACGCCCAAGGUUUCCAGCAUCCCUCCAGAUACGACGCCGCAGACGCGAUUGAAAAGUUGGGAAAGGACAAUGACUUUGACACGUUUCACUUAGACGACCCUUCUCAGAUGGAAGAUGAGGACUGGCUGAACCAGUACGAUGCUCUCGUCUUUAUCUCUACCAGCGGAAAGGCUCUCACACCGCAGGGCGCGGGUGCGAUGAGGAGGUACAUCGAAGCUGGCGGUGGCUACAUGGGCAUCCAUGAGGUGAGUGUUCGGUCGGGUGCACCUCGUAAAGACACAGCAGGAGAGCUCACGACGGGUCACGUCUCCCUCCGCAGGCGUCCGACACGGCCUACGAGUAUCCGUGGUAUGGUCGACUGGUGGGCGCCUAUUUUGGGGGACAUCCUUUCCCGCAAACUGCCAAGUACAUGGUCGUCGAUGGUGAAGAGGAUCAUCCGGCAGUCAACAAUAUUCCAUCCAGUUGGAACGUGUACGGCGAGGUGUAUCACUUCAGUAGCGAUCCUCGCAAGUUGGAUCACACCGUCGUUCUCACCGUCGAUCACGGUUCCUACAUUUCCAAUGACAUGACGAUGAAGGAGCUCAACGAUGUUCAGGGAUCACCUCACCCCAUCGCAUGGUUCAAGGAGGGCAACCUGCUCGAUGCACCCAAGAAAUCGGUCGGUGGAGGCGUCGACAACAAACCGCACACCAAAAAGAGCCAGCAGGGCAAGGGCGGUGAUGGAAGGUCCUUCUACACCGCUUUGGGACACACGCCCGCUUCUUGGAGGGACGACGAUAUGCUGAACCACAUUCUCGGUGGUCUUCAGUGGGUUCUAA